UUUCACUUGUUAUAAAUCCUCCAUUGUCAAGAGCUUCUCGACUUUCUUUUCAAUCUAUAGAACUCAUCUCUCUCUUUUGGAUAUGGAAGAUUACUCCAUCAAUUCAUACGUUGUUUCCAAGCAAAAAACAACACCCAAAGACGACGAGGAUUCAGUCGAAGAAAGUGGCUGGACUGCUUAUUUUGUAGAUUCCUCAAAAAACAAUCAUCGACAUGAUCAUCAGCAGCAGCAGCAAAACUGUUAUAGUUCUAGUUUCGUUUGCGGUUCUUCGUUGGUCUCUGAUGCCGCGACGACUCCAGGCGCUGCAUGGAAAUCAUCCGACAAAAACAUCGACCAUAAUCGCCAUGCUUUUCCCAAUAAAUGGAGGUUCAAGAAAACAAGAACCAAAGAGAUUCGUGACGACGAGGAUGAUUCUUUGGAGGAUACCGCAAGCUCACCUGUCAAUAGUCCCAAGGUCCGUGAUGACUGGAAAUCAAAUGAUAUGAAUCCCAGAAAGAGAGAAGAUCAAGCAGGCCUUAGUUAACUAUCUCGAUGUUAGUUAACUAUCUCGGUUAAUAUCGGUAAUCCUCCGGCACGACUGUAAUUUUCGAUCAUGUCGCAUCGAUAACAACAAAAGUCGAAAUCGAAAAUUAACGAUCAUAAUAUCAUGUCGCUGCCGCUAUGUUACUUGCAGCCACUCCCUCUUAUUAUCCUCUCUCAUGUCUUCCUUUGAGAUCAUUGAAUCCAGUUGUACAUUAAUCACAUAUGAUAGAAGUAAGA